CCGUACAUUCUCUUUCUUUCUCUUUAGGAGAAAACCAUUGGUGGCCUUGUCAAACAUACAGUUAGCGAAAAAAAGAAACAAAACCAGACAAUGAAAGCAAGUUGCAAGAUGAAAUGGUUUAGGAUGAUGAUGAGUAGAACACUUGCAGAAGAUCUGCUGAAUCCAAGUUACUGGUUUGAUCUGAUACGAGACGAUGGCAAGCUUGACAACGUACAGUACCUCCAUCUUGUUGAGCAAUGAAAUUGUGGAGAAGACUCAUGAACUGAGAAAGAUGAAGGGAGACGAGCUCCAACUUUUGAAUAUAGAUGAACUAUAUAAAUUAGAGCAACUUCUCCAAGUAGGCUUGAUCCGCGUUUCAAAUGAAAAGGAUGAAAGCUUUCGAGAAAAGGUCAGUGCCUUUGAGCUGAAGGGAGUCUAACUGAUGGAGGAUAACCAGAGACUAAAAGAGCUCAGCUGUUCCCCUGGAUCCCCAAGACCAACACAUCGACGGCACGUCUCUCAAGUUGGGGGCCGCGCAUGGACCGUGUGGCUGUGUUUGCCAAAGGACUUGAAAGUGUCAUCUCAUUAUUUACACAUGUAUAAAAUUGUUGUGUAAUAGCUUUCAUAUUUGACCAUUGAUGUGUUGAUGUACUUGACACUCAUCUAAGCAUGAUGUUGAGGGCAUUGUAAUGAGGAAAGAUAAUUUUUUUGGUGAGAAAUUGAGCUGUUUAUUAGGUUCUUUGGGCACUGGUGACCUGACAACUCGUACUUGUGUCCGAAUAGUCAUCCAUAGACAUUGGUGUUCUUCAUCAAUGCUCAUUCCUCCAUGAUUUUCACUCAUUCCAUGGUUCGAGUUUUUUAUUUCCUCUCGAGUUCAUGAUCCUGGGUUUCAGAUUUAUUGGUAUUUCAUGAUACAUGCAUCUCUCAUUGGUUUAAUGAUUUGGGACUGCUGGUUUGCCAUGUUUUGAGCAUGUAUUGAGGAAAUUUUGCAAGAUUUCACUUGAUUUUACUUUACAUGCUUUUUUUAAUGCACGCCACAUGUGUGAUAAAAUGCCACAAUGAGAUUUCUGUGAGGAUUUGGUGCCCAAUUGAUUUUCAAUAAACUUCUCCUUUGAUUCAUUGUUUUUGUGAUCAUUCAUGUCGACUUUAUAGAAACAUUGAUUUGUUGUAUGAUUUUGAAAUUCUCUAAAACCUUGUUUUGAUAAUUUUGAAACUCAUGGGAUUGUGUACUUCAUUAUGCAUUGUG